UAUGUGUUCAUACGUAUUUAUUGAGGUAAAAAGGAUAAGUUGUUUUCCAUUAUUUGAAUAAUGUAUAAUUAUGAAUAGUAACAAAAGUUUGGAUAAAUAGAUCUAAUUAGUUUUUACUUAUAAUUUGUGUGACAAAGUGCAUAUAUAUAUAUUGAUUGUCUUCGGGAUAAUGAAAAUUAAAAAUACAAACACUGCGUUUUGAUAAAUAUAAAUCAGAAAGUGAAUUUAAUCAGCAAAUGAGUUUGGUUUUACGGAAUAUCAACAGAGAAAGCCGAUAAAUCUCAGAAAUAUAUCAAUUUGAAAUGGCUGAAGUUUAGAUGUCUUAAAAGGAAGGACGAACAGACGGUUAGAGUGAUACGAUAUCAACGCUUAUUGUGACAUAUUUACGUUACCAAUUAUUUUAUAACACAAAGCUUCAAGAAAAGAUACAUCAAACAUCAAGUUAACAGUAACAGUGGAAAUAAAUUCUUCUGGAGUCUUUAUUUCGCAACAUAAGUGAACAUUAUAAAACGCGCUAGAAAAUAUGGAGACGUCUUACGUCAGUACAACGUCUACGUAUAACAACGUUACGACAGCGACAAAAAGUCCCAUAAAUCAUGUGCCAAUUUUCGUUCUUGUUGUUACCAUUUUAAGUUGUUUGCUGUCUUUGAUUGGAAUAAUAUGCAUAUUUGUAUCUUAUUAUGCCAUCGCUUCCGUCCGGAAUUAUAUCCGAAAACUAUUACUGUGUUUGACCAUUGCCAAUUUGCUGGAUGUAGUUGGUAUAAUCAUUGGCUUAGCAAGAUACAUACUUCUGGAAUACAGAGAUAAAAGCAAUGAGCAUGAACAAGAAAGUUGCACCCUUCAAAGUUUUAUAACAUCAUUUGCCCCUUGCAGUUCUUUUUUCUGGACUGUUUUAAUAGCGGUUUAUAUUCAGGUCCAGGUACUGAAACCGAGAUGGGUUGAUAACAUGUCUAACAAGCGUGCAACCGUUAUGUAUCAUGUGAUGUCAUGGGGUAUACCAGGUAUCACAUGUGUAGUUGGUUUGUACUAUAACGUAUUUGGUGACACCGACGACAUAUUCACAGGACCUUGGUGUUGGAUUAAGACAAACUCAAACUUACCGAGAAAAACGGCCAUACUCUGGAUGUUUCUGACAGUGAAAGGAUGGGAAAUUCUAUCCUAUAUCAUCUUAGCCGAAGUGCUGGUUUAUGUCGUUUAUAAAAAGUAUAUAUUACCCACAUGCAUGAAGAAAAGACGGACACCGUUUGCCGAGUUAUUCGGACAGAGUACACAAGUAAAUGUGUCCAAAGGUCUACGACCGGAAGAUAAGAAUUUUGUAUAUGUCUGGCUCAUAUUCUAUGUUCUUCGUUUUGGAGGAACCUUCCGAUUCUUGAUGCAUAUAAUCAAAGAACCAACAGAUGGCGUUAUGACAAUUACAGACAGAGCUAUGAUGGUAUGGCAAGCGUUUGGUGACACGGCACAAGCGUUCGGAAACUUUAUUUUCCUUUGUGUUUUUGACAAAUCUAUCAGACAACAUUACUGUGGCAAUAAUAUAAACAAUGUAAGCGAUGACCACGUGGCGGCCAGAAGAGAGGAUUAUGUAAACAGUGGUUUUACUUCAACAGAAUCAUUGCAAGCAUAACGGCAGACAUGUUUUAUCAUACAAUUUCAUGUCUUUCAUGGCCCUUUAUUACAACGAUUUCAUGUCGAAUAUUAAGUGUAUUUAAAGAAAACAAUCGUGAAAUGCUGUAUCAUACUUUAAACUAAUCUAAAAAGGACUGUUACUUUCACACUUUUGUGCUUUAUAACUGUUAUCUACGUUGCCGAGUUUGUCAUUAUUCAAAUUACUGCACAGUUAAUGCCUAUCCUGCAGUUAAAAAUGUAUAUAAUUGUCCAUUUUGGCAUUUUAGGCGCAGUUGACUGUUACUGAACGAUAUUCUUUUAUUUCAUUUUUUUCUUAUGAAUUAGCAGAUAUUGAUUACAGUUUAUUUUUGAAAAAUUUUACUGUCACAGUUUCGUGAGUAUCUUACAUUUUAAAUAUAUUUUGAAGCAUGCACUCUCACAAUAACAUGAAAAUGUUAACAUAUAAAUUCAUUGACACCUUUUACAACAGUGUGUGUCUGUAUUUCGUACAAGGGUGAAAAGAGAAAAAAUAAUCCCUAAAGAAAGUCAAAGUCCAAAACAACAAAUUUGAAAAUGUUGCAGGAUCGGUUUGAUAAAGGAUGUUUAAGAACCGUAUUAAGAUGUACAAGGCACCGUCCGCGCCCCAAGAAGACAGCUCUUUCUAUGUAAUAUGUUGUAGUAUGAUUGUGUUGCAAGCUAUAAGCUUAAAGACACACUCUCGAACUCGAUCCUAACAUCAACCAGUACUAAGCAAUGAGAGUAAAGUUUCUUGCUCAAGGUUAAAACGGCUUGUCAUAGCAAUUCGCUCAGCCACCGUGAACUGUGAUAGCAAUCUAAUGUCUUGAAUGUUUUUAUGUCUAUACAAUGUGAAAUCAUAAUAUAGUAAGACAGUAAACCCAAUAUACUUCAACUAUAUCUAAAUGUAUGACAAUUAUUGGGAAAAAUGAAAACUUAAAACACGAAAUAUAAUACAAAAGCAGGAUGACAUUG